UUCCAUCUCCAAGAGCCUCUAGCAUGCUUUCAAGGGGUUCUCACUUUUCACGUGUGACGGCGGAGGUCUCGCCUCUCGUUCGAUGAACUUUCCACCCGAGGCUGCGCCCGCGCGCCCCAUCAGUCCCAUCACCAGUCUCCACACAACCGCCGUUUCGAGCGCACGUCUAUCGCCAACACAUUCGGUUUUUCGCGGUUUUCCAAUAAUCCCAACGCAGUGAGUGCCUGAAGCUAUUCAGUGAAGUGAAAUCUGCUAUACCGUGUUGUUUAUUAGAUGUCCAAGAUUGUUGUUGGAUAACUUAUGUGCGGAUUCGACGGGAGCUUAAUGCGAUCAACCCACACUGAUGUAUGACACCCACAUGGUGCGAGGAUGCGUGAGGAGGAGCUGGAGGUGGCGCUGAAGGUGGUGAUCGUAGGCGACGGAGGCGUCGGCAAGUCCAGCAUGAUCCAGCGGUACUGCCGAGGGACCUUCACCAGGGAUUAUAAGAAGACGAUUGGUGUAGACUUUUUAGAACGACAAAUUGAGAUCGAUGGCGAGGAGGUGCGGCUCAUGUUAUGGGACACGGCGGGGCAGGAGGAGUUCGACGCCAUCACCAAGGCGUACUACCGCGGCGCGCAUGCGUGCGUGCUCGCCUUCUCUACCACAGACCGGGACUCAUUCCUGGCAUUGCACUCGUGGAAACUCAAGGUGGAGAAUGAAUGUGGAGAAAUCCCAACCAUCAUAGUUCAAAAUAAAAUAGACCUAAUGGACCAGUGCGUCGUCGGACCGGACGAGGCAGAGCUAGUGGCACGUGCGCUUGGCUGCCGGCUGAUGCGUGCCUCGGUGAAGGAAGACGUGAACGUCGGGGCCGUGUUCCGCGCGCUGGCGGCGCGCUGCCUGGCCGACCAGCGGCGCGACGAGGAGGACGUGCCGCCCUGCGCCAUAGGCGAAUACUUUUAAAUCAAAUUCGUGGCCAAACAUCAUGUCAACCAGACUAGUGUAUUGUUAUUUGCAGGCAACUUCACGAACCUGAGCAGCAACGGCACAAUACUUCUGCGGCCGGUGAAGGCGCGGCCCGGCGGCAAGAAGAAGAACGUGCUGAGAAACGCUUGCCGGAUACUCUGACUUGACCAACACACUUUGAAGCUGCGGACUAGACGCCAGCGGGGCGACCAGCGGGCGUUCAAGGACAUUCACGCAUUCGAUCCAUUUCAAUCGACAUUCCAGCUAACUGUUGGGAGGAACGCGCGGAGAUGAGACUGGAGUGGCGUCGUAACCUGCGGGAAGGCUUGGCAAAGCAUGACGAGCUCUGGUUUAACCAAUUUAAGCAGAAACGAAAUCGCAGAGCUGUUGGACCACCCCAGGAGUCGACACGUCUGUGAUCGAUGCGGCAAGAAAUGCCGAUCAGCCAUUGGUCUAAACAGUCAUCGCAGUCGAUGUAGACUGUAGACUACCUCCUCAAAAUACCUUCUUUAGUCGCUGCAACUACCAUCUGCAAAGAUGCUAUGGCCAAUGAUGAAUUUUCACUCGUCCCCCGCCAUGAGUUUGCGUCCAGGCUUCGGUCUGAGAGAGGAUAGAGCCACCUUGGAUUUUCACACGUUGCAUUCUGCGUUUUAACUUUGAACGUGCCAGUGACUUCUGUCAGCGGUCUUAACUCUGUAGUGGCACAUUCGAGUGAGUGACUAGGCGAAUAGCUUAGACUCUAAGCUAUUCGCCUAAGGCUUAGAGCGAAUAGCGACGAACUGAUUUAAGUACAUUCACACAUUGGCGUUGGUUACUGCAGAGCUGUAAAGUUGAAGAAUAAUUAAAUACCGUGGCAGAGUUUCACUAGAUGACGGAGUACCCGCGCCAUACAAUUUUAAUACUCGUUGAGUUUGACCAAGAUAAGUCCGUAACGAUUAUGAUAGCACACGCAGUGCAAGUUUGACGUUUAAAAUAACACUUGCGGUGUGCUAUCAAAAUCGUUGCAGACUUAUCAGUGCUGUGCCUAAUUGUCAAACGCCAACGCCAGCCGGUAAACUGCAAAUGUGACGAUUUGACUCUAGCUAUUUAGGGAUCAAAUGUAGCCGGCGUAGCAAAUCCUUGUAUGGUUUUACUCUUAAGUGUAUAUACUGUAUAUGUACAAACAGCUGUACAUCGGUGGACCUUAUUACAAAAGGCAUAAGCUCCACCGAUGUACAACAGUACAUCGAUGUAACAGACGUAACAGUGGGCGUUGGUACUCUCUGCUCAUAUAUAGUUAAAACAGUUUCCAUCAUAUAAAGAGGCCAAUACCUUGAUUUAUACACUGGACUAGACACGCUUAUCAAAAGCUCGUAACUUGUAAUACAAGUGGAACUCCCUUUCUAAUAAAGGCUGUCAAAAAGCGACUUCCACUUGUAUUACAAGUAUUAAUUAAGCUUUUGAUAAACAGGGCACAGGACCUAGUUUUAUGAAGCUACAAGUUAUAAAUUUACAGGUGUAAAUCGCGCUUGACCUUUUCACCAGUGUUGCCUGUUUUAAAUAAUAAAAUUAUAGCUUUAUAUGAAAUGGGAUCUAUAAAAGUUAUGUUCGUUAACAAACAUAUAUAAUUAUAAAUUAGACGUAGGUUAUUAGUUGUACGCGUGUACAUAUGUGUAGUAGUUGUGUAAAAUAUUUGCGAUGUGCAAUGAAUACCUAAUGUUAGUUUAGAUACCAACAAAAUAAUAACUAUGGGUGUAUUAUUGAAUCUGAUAUAAAAUGAAAUUAGAUUUUCUAUAAUAUCCUUGUCACCAUUGUAAACUUGUAGUGAAAAGGUACAGUCGUUUCAGUAAUACAUUUAUAAGUAAAUACUAAUUUACUCUUGAAACUUAGUCACUAUUGUUCAUAUUGAUAGAUCCAUGACAUUGAAUCAUGUAAAUAAAUCAUAUUGUAAAAAAUGUGGAAAUAAAUUAUUUUUUGUAAC